ACUCACAUCCGCUUUCGAUACUGAGCUGUUCGAGUUGGUGUUCAGGCAGUUGUGAACUGGCUUGACCCAUGUUUGUAGAGCGAUAAUUGAAUAAGCUGUGGUGGCUGUGGAGCAGCAGAGCGCAGAAACAAUACAAAAGGGACACAACACCCGGCGAAUCGACGCUCGUAAGGCGCGUUAUCAGCGGUAGUGAUAUGCCGCGACCAUGUCAUCCACUUUGCGCCGAGAAAAGGGAUUUCAUGGAGGUCAACCCGCCGCGUGUUGAGAAAGACUUCUACCGUAACUAUGAUCCAAUGGUUGGUAUUGGUACCGCUGUCGCAUUAAUACUAUUCUUCUUCACCAUCACUGUCAAAUCAUGUGUUCGUCAUCUCGUACGAAAAUGGCGUAUGCAUCAAUUUUACAAAAAUACACCGUCUUGUGAAACGCAAGGAGAUGAUGUGCAACCGAUUGUCGAAACAGCUUGAGAGUGGCAAGCAAUGUCGACAUCUGGACGUUAUGGUGCAAAUAGGCGCGGGUGAUUGCACGACCAUCAAAAUCCAAUUCGGCUUUGAAACGUGACUGUUCAACGCCCAAAGCAGUCGCUUUCACAUCGUGUACUGAUCUGAAUUCUCAAUACAAUACGGGAUCACAGUCUUUUCUGAGUAAAUGAGUUAACGUAUUAUUUGUCGUAUUUUAUGUUGUCGCUAGAACACAGAGUUAUUUAGCGAACAGUCAUGAACGUCCAGAAUCAAAAUCUCUAUCUUCCAUUCACUUCCGCCAGAAAAAUCUUAGAAUUCCCAUAAGUUGUUAGUAAACAAUGUUUUAGUCCCUCUAUAUUGCGCUUACCCUACCAGUUAUUCUGACGAAAAUAUCUCUAGUUCGGAA